CUUACUUCUAGACAUGCUUCUCCCAGCACUCAUAUCCUUCUCGUUUCUGCCUGCGAUUUAUGCCCAGCAGUCUAUACCACGCGUGUUGGUGUACACUGCCACAGCAGGCUUCCGACACGACUCAAUCCCUACAGCGAUCGAAGUCUUGGGGGAUAAUGCCGACAAGUAUGGCGUACAAUUCGUCUUCUCCGAAGACAAGGGACUGUUUACAAACGACACUUUGAGUGGUUUCGACGGGGUGAUGUUUGUCUCCAACUCUGAUGAAGUACUAGAUGACUCUGGACAAUCUGCCCUGCAGACCUUCUUCCAAUCGGGAGGCGUCUAUGCUGGUGUACACGCAGCGAGCGCAUGUCUGUUCAAUGACACAACUUAUGAGCAGGCUGUUGGCGCAUUCUUCGACUACCACCCAACGAUACAGUCUGCUACUUUUGAACGCCUAAACACGACGCACCCUUCAGUAGCCAACGUUCCAGACCAGUGGACAUUUGAAGAAGAAGUCUACCACUUCCGUUCAAACCCACGGGACAACGGUGCCGUCGUAUUGCUCACAGUGAAUGAGACGAGCUACGUCAACAAUGGGAGCUCCACGGGAGACUAUCCCUCCAUGGGCGAUCCCCACCCUAUCGCUUGGUAUAUCGAAUCACCUCUUUCAGCUUUACCGCUCGCCGAGUCGGCCAGUAAAGCUGGACGAUCAUUCUACACCUCUCUCGGACACCUCAACUCCAGUAUGUUCUAAUCACCUUCAUGGCCUCAAGAAAUAUGGGACGAGGAUUCUGACGAGUGUUGCUAGCAUGGCAAGACGAGACCUUCAUAGGGCACGUCAUGGAGGGUCUCAAAUGGGCUUUGGAUGGUGCUUCCACCAAGGCAUAUGGAGUGGGAGUUGUCGGGAAUGGAACAGCAUCUGCUACGAAUGCGAGCUCUUCCAGUUCGGCGACAGGUUCGUCAUCCGCGUCGGGAUCGGCAAGCUCGAGCAGCGCCACGGCGUCCGAGUCUUCGAGAGCAGAGAAAAUCCAUUUGACUGGUGCGGGCUCGAUUGUUCUGGGGACUUUGGGGCUCACAUUGGGGGUAAUUAUGAUGUUAUAAUAUUGAAGUUUUUCAACAACAAUGCAUUGCUGCUGGUA